CCGCCCGCCCGCACCAACACAGCCUUCUUCCCGUCCGAGCCUCUCGUCGAUCCAGCGCACAUCCCACCACCCCGUCCAUUACCUUAAAACAUGGAUCCAACGUGCCCGUUCGUACAUCGUACACUAAAGACUAGGUGUAUUCAGGUGGGCGGGUCGGCCUACCUUGGCAGUUCGACCCACGCUGACGGUACGCCGUCCGGCCGGUGUCAGAAUCAAUCCCUCCCGAGUCUCUCGAGUUUGGCGUGAGAGAGGAGUCUCGAAUUCUUCUCUAUCCCGAGUCGUUCUCGUCCUCGUCCUCGUCGUCGUAGCCGAAUCGUCGAUUCGUCCACCCUCACGGCCACGACGCCAAGCUUCUUCGAACGAAGGGGGGAAGGGUCCCGAAUCCCAAUAUCCCAAUAGAACAAUAAGCCGUCUCACAAACCCCUGCCAUGGCAUCAUCUUACACACUCAUCAACAACAAUCCAGCGGGGGGCACUGUGCGUUUGCUUCUGCUGAGAUCCCUCUUCCAGGCUCUCCCAGGACUCGAGACUGGACUCGAGGCGGACGGGUCAAUAACACAGGAUACGAUGUACAACCAUCACCAACAAGCCCGCCCACCACCUCCUCCUACCGACCAGCCAAACCUGACCAUUUGCCGCUUCAUCGCCCAGACGCCCAGCCAAGACAAAGCCUGGGCGGCCUUGGCUGCAGAUACCAAGCACUACACCCAGCCUGUAUCCAGUCGUACCAGUCUUGCCUACCCUGCGGCCGCCGUUCAAUGAGGCUGUGCAAGCAAUGCCAAGACUUGCGAGGAUGUCUGGUUUCGCCUUGGUUCAACUCUCUCUCUGUCUCUUUCACCGGGAUGUUCACUGUCACACUCAAUCGGAGUAUGAGCAAUCAAAACGAGGCCUUUCCAUCUGGUCUUGGCGCUCUUGCUCUCGCACACUUGCCGCCACUUGUAUUUCAUUUGCGCGAUUUGUUCCAGAAGGGAAAG